CCGGCCCGCCCGCCCCGGCCCCCGCUCCCCGGGCCGCGUCCUGCGCCCGCCCUGCUCUCCCGGCCCGGCGUCGCGGCAUGCGGCUGUGAGGGAGGCUCGGCCGGGCCGCCCUCCCGCUCCCGGCUCCCGGCGGCGGGCGGCGCGGCUCGUCGGGCCCGCUGCGGGGCGGCGGCGCCUUUGUUGCGGCCGGGCCGGGCCGGCGCUGCCCUUUGUGUGCGGAUGGUGGACGCUUGCGGCCGCCCGGCCGAGGGCUGCAGGAGGAUGGAGGUUCCGCCGGACGCCGCGGACCUGGUGCCCCUGGACCGCUACGACUCGGCGCGGGCCAAGAUCGCCGCCAACCUGCAGUGGAUCUGCGCUAAGGCUUAUGGCCUAGAUAACAUCCCCGAGGACCUCCGGGACCCGUUCUACGUGGACCAGUACGAGCAGGAGCACAUCAAGCCGCCCGUCACGAAGCUGCUGCUGUCCAGCGAGCUGUACUGCCGUGUGUGCGGCCUCAUCCUCACGGGGGACCAGGCAGCCGCCUUGCAGGGCCACCAGGCUGUCAUCCAGGCCCUCUCCAGGAAAGGGAUCUAUGUGAUGGAGGGUGACGACACCCCUGUGACGGAGCCGGACCUCAGCCGUGCCCCCAUCAAGAUGAGUGCCCACAUGGCGAUGGUGGACGCCCUCAUGAUGGCCUACACCGUGGAGAUGAUCAGCAUUGAGAAGGUGGUGGCCAGCGUCAAGCGCUUCUCCACGUUCAGCGCGUCGCAGGAGCUGCCCUACGACCUGGAGGACGCCAUGGUGUUCUGGGUCAACAAGGUGAAUCUUAAAAUGAGAGAAAUAACAGAGAAAGAAGUUAAAUUGAAGCAGCAGCUGCUGGAGAGCCCGGCUCAUCAGAAGGUCCGCUAUCGGCGAGAGCCCCUGUCGGCCCGGCAGUGCCCUUACUUCCCGUGGGUGGAGGACCUGAUGCGGGACGGCAGUGACGGCGCCGCCCUCCUGGCCGUCAUCCACUACUACUGCCCGGAGCAGAUGAAGCUGGACGACAUCUGCCUGAAGGAGGUGCCAUCGCUGGCUGACAGCCUCUACAACAUCCGGCUGCUGAGGGAGUUCUCCAACGAGUACCUCAACAGGUGUUUCUACCUCUCCCUGGAGGACAUGGUGUACGCACCCGCGGUGCUCAAGCCCAACGUCAUGGUGUUCAUCGCUGAGCUCUUCUGGUGGUUCGAGAGCGUCAAGCCCGAUUUUGUCCAGCCCAGGGACGUGCAGGAGCUGAAGGGUGCUAAGACCGUGCUCCAGCAGAAGAGCAGCCGGCCCCCGGUGCCCAUCUCCAAUGCCACCAAGCGCAGCUUCCUGGGCAGCCCCGCCGAGCAGCCGCCCGCCGCCCUGGCAGCCGAGGGCUGCCACCACUGCCAUCCGUACCCCGAAGAGGCCGAGUAUCCUGGGAGAGGACCCUCCGCCGCCGGCCCGGCCCACCCCCUGCUACCACUAAGGCAAAGGCAGCAGAAGACGGUGCAGGGAGAGGACUCCCCUGAUCAGCGACAUCGCUCCAACUCCCUGACCCGCGUCGAUGGUCAGCCGCGAGGCUCAGCGAUGGCGUGGCCGGAGAAGAAGGCUAGGCCUGUGUCCCAGCCCACUCCGUCCACUCUCCCCCACGCUGCCAGCUGUGACGUGGACCCUGGUUCUGGCGACAGCGUCAGCUUGGCCCGCUCCAUCAGCAAGGACAGUUUGGCAUCCAGCAUUGUCCACCUGACCCCGCAGAACCGGCCUCAGCCUGCAGCUGCCAAGACCAACGGGAAGAGCCUGCUGAACCGUGUCAGCAUCGACGACGAGGAGGAGGAGCUUGUGGCCAUCAUUGGGACAGAGGGGGCUCCCCGCCAUGGGGACCCCGAAGGUCCCAGGGCCUCACCCCGGGCCCCAGGCCUCAUGAUGAGUGCCAGGUGUCCCCAGCGGCAGGCAGAGGCCCCGGACACUCAGCCUGACAGCUUCUUCUUGGAACCCUUGACGCCGGCAGUGCUGAAGCCAGCGAAGGAGAAGCAGGUUGUCACCAAGGAGGACGAGCUUGGAGAAGGGAGGCCCCGGGGCAGCACGGCCAGGAGGCCCAGCGAGGGCCGCCAGGCGCUGGGGCGCAGGAGGCUGGUCAGCGCGCCCGGAGGCCAUGACUUGAAUAGGACAUUCACCCCGAUUCCCUGUCCCGAGUCUCCGGAGCUGAAGGGUGCGGGGGCCGCGGGAGAGGCUGCCAGGGGGCCCCUGGCGCUCGGGCCGCUGGAGCUGACCUCUCGGGACCAGUGUGCCGGUGGCUUCUUCCUUCACGCAGGCAGGGCUGCUGAAGACACGGGGGGCAGGAUCCGCGUCAGCCCCCGGAGCCCCGAGCCGUGGACCCCGCUGAGGCCGGGCUCCGACUCGGACGGCGGGGACGCCGAGGACGCGGAGCAGCUCCUCCUCGGCGAGGCCCAGGCCGUGCUGCGGUACGCGGGCGAGGAGGAGUCCGCCAAGCUGCAGGAGGACCUGAAGGUGCGGGAGCACGAAGACAAGGACGACACGAGCGGCCGCUCCAGCCCGUGUCUGAGCACGGCCUCCCAGCUGAGCAGCGUGUCUGUGGCGAGCGGCAGCAUCAAGAUGACCAGCUUCGCCGAGCGGAAGCUGCAGAGGCUCAACAGCUGCGAGACCAAGUCGAGCACCAGCAGCUCCCAGAAGACCACGCCGGACGGCUCGGAGAGCUGCCCGCCGCUGACCACGUGGAGACAGAAGAGCGAGCAGAGCCCCGGGCGGCAGGGCAAGGACGCCGCCAGCCUGCUGGCCUCCGAGCUGCUCCAGCUGCACAUGCAGCUGGAGGAGAAGCGCCGGGCCAUCGAGGCCCAGAAGCAGAGGGUGGAGGCCCUGUCGGCCCGGCAGCGCCUGCAGCUGGGCAAGGCCGCCUUCCUGCACGUGGUGAAGAAGUGCAGGGCCGAGGGCGCCCCGCAGCCUGCCACGCCGGGGCGCUGCGGGCGGGAGCUCUCGCCGCACGACGGGGGAGACCUGGACAGCGGCCCUGCCAAGGCAGAAGCCUUUCUCCUGAGGGAGAGGCUGAGCGAGGAGCUCGUGGGCGAGACUCGAGACGUGGACGCGGCCAGCCUGGCCCUGCUGCAGUCCAGGCCCAGGGAGCCCGCCGCGCUGCACGACGCGGAGAGGACCAAGGCGCUGUCGGCCGCGCUCCUGGAGGACGGCCUGGGUGAGGUGGCGGACGUGGGCGAGUGUGAGCUGUCCAUCGAGAAGCUGAACGAGACCAUCAGCACGCUUCAGCAGGCCAUUCUCAGGAUCUCCCAGCAGCAGGAGCAGCUGCUGCUCACGGCCCCGGCUGUGCCCGUGCCCAGGAGCCACGCGCAGGACCAGAAGGCCAAGGCCCCCGUCCACUGCCUCGAGCCCCUCUCCCCGACGGCAGUGCCCGGGCACAGGAAGCCGCCGCGCCUCGGCCAGGGCCGCAGUUCCCGUGCAGGGAGGCCUGCGGAGCUGAAGGUUCCCAGGGACAGGCAGGGCUCCUCCCGAAGUAAGACCCCGACCCCCAGCGCCGAGAGCCUCCCGCACCUGCGCCCUUUCCCCACAAACAGCCACUCGCGAACGCCCUGUGACCCCGGCAGUGCUGUGGACUCCGGGGGCGACCCCCCAGAGAAGAGUCUGCGGGACAGCUAUAGGCUUCAUGACGAGAGCAACCAGCGGACCUUGGCCGUGCCCCCCACCAAGGACCCCAACAUCCUCAUGGAGCAGCUGGGCGCCAGGGAGGCGGGGCUGGGCUCCUCGGACCUGCCAGCCAAGGAGGCCGUGCCCCCCGACGAGCCGCUGAGGAGCAAGGCCAGCCUCAUCGAGGUGGACCUCUCGGACCUGAAGGCCCCCGAGGAGGACAGCGGCGAGGGGGAGCACGAGCAGGCCCUGGAGCUGCCCGGCGAGGGCGACCAGAAGCCUGGCGUCGGCUUCUUCUUCAAGGAUGAACAGAAGGCCGAGGACGAGCUGGCCAAGAAGCGGGCCGCCUUCCUCCUGAAGCAGCAGCGCAAGGCCGAGGAGGCGCGCAUGCGCAAGCAGCAGCUCGAGGCCCAAGUGGAGCUGAGGCGGGACGAGGCCCGGCGUAAAGCUGAGGAGGACCGCGUGCGGAAGGAGGAGGAGAAGGCCCGGCGCGAGCUCAUCAAGCAGGAGUACCUGCGGAGGAAGCAGCAGCAGAUUCUAGAAGAGCAGGGGCUGGGCAAGCCCAAGACGAAGGCCAAGAGGCCGCGGCCCAAGUCGGUGCACCGGGAGGAGUCGUGCAGCGACUCUGGGACCAAGUGCUCCUCCACCCCUGACAACCUGAGCCGGACCCAGUCAGGCUCCAACCUGUCCUUGGCCUCGGCGGCGACCACGGAGCCUGAGAGCGUGCACUCGGGGGGGACCCCAUCGCAGCGAGUGGAGUCCCUGGAAGCCUUGCCCAUCCUGAGCCGCAACCCGAGCCGCAGCACUGACCGAGACUGGGAGACGGCGUCGGCGGCGUCCUCCCUGGCCUCAGUGGCCGAGUACACGGGCCCCAAGCUCUUCAAGGAGCCCAGCACCAAGUCCAACAAGACCAUCAUUCACAACGCUGUCUCCCACUGCUGCCUGGCGGGCAAGGUCAACGAGCCGCACAAGGACUCAGUGCUGCAGGAGCUGGAGAAGUGUGACGCCAACCACUACAUCAUCCUGUUCCGCGACGCCGGCUGCCAGUUCCGGGCCCUGUACUGCUACUACCCCGACACCGAGGAGGUCCACAAGCUCACGGGCACGGGCCCCAAGAGCAUCACCAAGAAGAUGAUUGACAAGCUGUACAAGUACAGCUCGGACCGGAAACAGUUUAACUUGAUCCCGGCCAAAACCAUGUCGGUGAGCGUGGAUGCGCUCACCAUCCACAGCCACCUGUGGCAGCCGAGGCGACCGGCGCCCAAGAAGGGCCAGAGCCGCAAGUGACGCGCAGCCGCCCGCGGCCGUCACCCUCGG